AUGCCGUCUAACAUUUUUCAAACAGUUGGUGCUGAUAGUGCUUGCAUGGACGGGUGGCUUCAUAACAAAGACUCGUGCUACCUUAAUGGGCAUACUGACCUGACUUUUAUUGAUGCUCAGAGAUAUUGCCAGAGUCUUGGGGCGAACCUGGUCAAUUUAGAGACACAAUCGGAGAAUACGUUUGUGAAGGGUUAUCUCUCCGAUCUGAAAGAUUCAAAGCACUGGAUCGGGUUAACUGACCAAAAUGUGGAGGGUCUGUGGAAGCACUACCCGUCAGAGACGAUUGUGACCUUCACUGAUUGGGGAACUCACCAGCCGAACAAUGGCAGAGCAUCAAACUGUGCAGCUUAUUGGGCGUCAUUUGGAUACCAUUGGGUUGACGAGCCGUGCUCAUCACACUUUAAGGCUCUUUGCGAAAUCGUAGCGAACGAGUCCGUCUUAAUCAUAUAG